GGCAACGGCGCGCCGGCCCCGAGCGGUCACGUGACGGCCCGCAGCUGGAACGCGAGCGCGCGCCCCGCCGCGCGCCCGCCCGCCGGGGCCUGUGCGCUGCGGCGCUUGCGCGAGCGGUGCAGCACCGGCCGCGGGAGCAGGGAGUAUUAUGGGCUGUGGGUGCCGCUGAGCAAGAUGGAGCUGUCUGCAGUGGGCGAGCGGGUCUUCGCGGCCGAAUCCAUCAUCAAACGGCGGAUCCGAAAGGGACGCAUCGAGUACCUGGUGAAAUGGAAGGGGUGGGCCAUCAAGUACAGCACUUGGGAACCCGAGGAGAACAUCCUGGACUCGCGGCUCAUUGCAGCCUUCGAGCAGAAGGAGAGGGAGCGUGAGCUGUAUGGGCCCAAGAAGAGGGGACCCAAACCCAAAACUUUCCUCCUGAAGGCGCGAGCCCAGGCUGAGGCCCUCCGCAUCAGUGACGUGCAUUUCUCUGUCAAGCCAAGUGCCAGCGCCUCCUCGCCCAAGCUGCACUCCAGCGCGGCCGUGCACCGGCUCAAGAAGGACAUCCGUCGCUGCCACCGCAUGUCCCGCCGCCCCCUGCCCCGCCCGGACCCCCAGGGAGGCAGCCCUGGCCUGCGCCCACCCAUCUCCCCUUUCUCUGAGACGGUGCGCAUCAUCAAUCGCAAGGUGAAGCCUCGGGAGCCCAAGCGAAACCGCAUCAUCCUGAACCUGAAGGUGAUCGACAAGGGCACGGGUGGAGCGGGCACCGGGCAGGGGGCAGGAGCCCUCGCUCGCCCCAAAGUCCCCUCCAGGAACCGCGUCAUUGGCAAGAGCAAGAAAUUCAGCGAGAGCAUCCUGCGCACCCAGAUCCGCCACAUGAAGUUCGGCACGUUCGCGCUGUACAAUAAGCCCCCGCCCGGCCCUCCGCCUCCCCCGCCAGCGGGCAAGGCCGACCCUGCCGCCUCCCCGGGCCCCGGGCUGCUGCUGGCGGCCCCCGCCGCCCCCUAUGACGCCCGCAGCUCCAGCUCCUCUGGCUGCCCCUCACCGGCACCGCAGUCCUCCUCCGACCCCGAUGACGCGCCCCCCAAGCUGCUCCCUGAGACCAUGAGCCCAUCUGCUCCCGACUGGCGUGAGCCAGAGGUGCUCGACCUGUCCAUCCCUCCCGAGGUGGCGGCCACCAGCAAGAGGGUGCCUCCCGACGUCACGGCUGCCACGGGCCAGGCGCCUCCCGUGGCCCCUGAGCCUGCCGGCGCCUCCUCUGAGCCCGAAGCUGGGGACUGGCGCCCCGAGAUGUCACCCUGCUCCAACGUGGUCGUCACCGAUGUCACCAGCAACCUUCUGACAGUCACUAUCAAGGAAUUCUGCAACCCUGAGGAUUUCGAGAAGGUGGCUACUGGGGUAGCAGGUGCCACUGGGGGUGGUGGCGGCAGCGGGGUGAGCAAGUGAAGGGGCUCCACCGAGGUGGGGGGCGGGCUGGGGGGGGCCCUCCUGCCCAGAGCCCUGCUCUUGCCCCCACCCCUGCCCUCAGACACCUCUGCCCGUGCUUUGCUUGUUUCAGAUGGCUCGGUGUUGACCCCGGGAGGGGGCUGGGCGGUUGGAACCCCCCGAAGCCUGGGGGAGCGGCCGUCCCGGAACGGAUUUGGGCCGGGGUGGGGCCAGGGCACUCAGAAGUCCUCCUCCUUGUCUCUAGGCACCCUCCUAGCCCAUGCAUGGUGGGGCCCGCUGGGGGGCUCCUGGGGAGCCCCGGAACCCAGAGUUGGCUGCCUCCUCCACAUCCCGCUCUGUCUCCCCCAGCUUGCUUCCGGCUCGCGCACACAGCAUCUGAUUUCUCGGUGCUAACCCGGCAGCUGUGGGGCCCCUUAGGAGACCCCCUUCCCCAUAUGGGCACUGCCUCUUUCCUUCCCCCAGAUGCCUGGGCAGGAGGGGAAGGGAUGGCAAAGCCCAGACAGAGGUUGAGGCGAGGCCAGCUUCGGCCCCUCCCUCCAUAUCAAGGAAUACAGCAGGAGCUGGACCGGAGGCCUGGGUCUUCCUGCCCGCUUUUGGCCAAGACCCAAGCAGGUCGCCUUAGGCUCCACCCCACCCAGUCUCUUUCCUAAUCCCCAUCUCAAAGGUGGGAGGGACUGGCAGGGACCUCCCCUUGCCACAGCCUCCUAGCAUCUUUAAAGGCCCCUUCAGUUCUCCACCAAAGGUGCUACAAGAACCUGCUGUAGAAACUUCCGACUGGCGCACUCAUCUGCCGCCCCUUGGCGUGUCUGUGCGCCUACGCAUACGUGCGCUGGGCCCGGGCUUUCAGGCGGCCCCCUUGAGGGUUCCACGGAAUAGGGUCGUCGAAGGCCUGGACCUUUCCUUGCCCAGACCUGGCCCGGGCCUCGAGGAGUUUGCUGUGGGGCCACAGGCUGAUCCCCUCAGCCCCCCAGUGCUGGUGUGUGUGCCCCCAAGCCCUCCUCCUCGGGGUGGUGGGCGCCACCAGCCGGGCCUCUGCUGCAGACACGGCAUGGUGGGGACUGAGGUAGAAGGGGGAGACCCCCGCCCGGGCCGUCCCCUUCUUCCCCCCGUCCCUGGGGUGAGGGGGGAGGGGCGGAGGAGGGGGAGAGGAAGCCUGGAAACCAUUCUGGGGGUGGGGGUGGGGGGCCUCCGGCUUCGCCCGCCCCCUCCCUCUCUCUUGCGUCCGACUGCUGAGGCUUCCUCCCAGCACAGCCUGCUCGAAGCUGUGGGUAGCUCCGGGCCAUGCCGAUGGCCGUCCAUGCCAAUGGCAGAGACCCACCCCAGCUUUAGGCCGGGCACUGGGAGGGCAGGCAGGCCAAAGGGGGCGACCAAAGAGGGGGCCUGUGUUCUUUGGGAGGGGGAGGGUGGGCGAGACCAGGGCUCCCGUGCCCUGCGGGAGGCCACCCUGCCGGCCGGCCCCGGCUGUCAGUCUGGCCUGAAUGGCCUGUCCCUGCGCGUCGCCCAGGGGAGCUUUGUGGUGUGUGCGGCCAGGGGUGUGUCAGCCCAGAAGCGCGAUGGCAAAAGGUGGUCGAAGGAGGCAGAAAGGGAAUCCUGUUAGGUAGCAAAUGCCUUUGCCCGAAGUAUAGGAGGACUCGUUCUUCCGAAUCUCCCUGCGGGGGGCUGUGGCGUGGCCCCCGUCCCUCCCCACCCCAGGAUGUAGGACAAGGGCCCUCACAGGGUUUGGGGGGCUGGCACUCCUAGACCCCUCCCCACCCUGCCCUUUGUGUCGGCUCUGUGGCCGUCCAAGUGCCAAUUGGCUUCCCCCCUCCCCAAAGAAGGGCUGGUAUCUCUCCUCUGUCCUCGGAGGGGAUUCCCCCCCCCCACCCGACCCCUCACCCCAGGUGAACGACCACCUGGGUGUCAGUUACAGGUGUUUCCAGAGACCAUAGAAAUGUGUUUUCCUGAGAGUCCGUGUCAUUCGUGACUUUUUUUUGUAAAGAAGUUGUGUUUUCAGAGGUGAUUUUAUGACAGGAAAGUGAAAGAGUUAGUUUUGCAGAAAAACAAAAAACAAAAAAAGAGGAAAAAAAAAAAGAAAUAGAAAAAAAUAUCGUGGGAUUCCUAUGGGGCUGGGGCGGGAGUGGGGGGGAGAGAAAGAGAUAUUUAAAGAAAAACUAGUGAAGCAAUGAUUGCACAGGCGAGGUGGCAAUGUUAGGAACCGGGGACGGAAACCCAGACCCGGCUGCCGGUCCCUGGGGUCCCUGCUCUCUCUCCUUGGCCCGAGGUGGGGAGGCCUCCCUCCUGUCCUGGGCCCACACUCCACACCUACCCUCCUUCAAAGGGAAGGAAGACAGCUGUCCCCAAGGGAACUAGCCAGAACUGCAGGGGCCCGGGGCUUGGAGCCCACAUUUGGGGAGGGUGGGGGUCAGCGGGAGCCCCACUGUUGUGUCGUCGGUGACUUUGUCCAGGAAGGCUGGUGAGUGGAUACAGUUGGGUUCCUUGCUCUCUUCCGUUUGGUUGUCAGCAUGUCCCGUCCUCUGGUCCCUCCCUCCCCAUCACCCCAAAGACCGUGACGCCCCUGAGUUUGCCUGGCCGGGUGGGGGUUGCAGGCUUCAGGAAGAAGGAGCUGUAGUAGACUCCAGGAGAAUCUUAGGCGGUGAUCCAGAGGGACCGGGGGUGACCAUGGGGGAAGGGAAUGCCUGCCCCUGCCCCUCCGCCGCGUGGCCCCACCCCACCUCCGCACACGCAGAGGCACACGCGCACGCUGCUUCGAGGUGGGCACCUCCCCUGGGGGGGGUCUAGGUGGGCACAGGGUCCAGAGCAAGCGGAGCCCUCCUACUUCUCCGAGGGUGGCUCUGAGCGGGAAACCCGUAACCACCCCCCCCUCCCACACACACACUCUUGCACGAAUCAGCCUUCUCCGGGC